AUGCGUGUGUACAGCGGGUUUUUUAGAGCUCUUCGCGUCCGAAGUCACUCCGUUCCUACAGGUCUCUUUUUGAGACGAACAUCCUCUCAUGAUGCGUCGAUUUCGAGCUUGAGACGAGGACUUUUAACAGCGAGUAUUGCACGAGGUCCCUCAGAGCCGCCCUUGAUUGAGUCCACUGUGGGCGGUCAUUUUUCAAAGAUAGUCGCACAGUAUGGAGAUAGACUCGCGGUCAUCUCCAAACACCAAAAUGACCGGGUCACCUACUCUGGGCUUGACACCAGAAGCAAUGCCCUCGCGCGUGGAUUGGAAUCAGUCGGUGUGAAGAAAGGGGACCGAGUCGGAGUCAUGCUUGGGAACUCGAUGGAAUUUGCAGUGGCAACAUACGCGUUAUUUAAGCUCGGUGCUAUACUGGUCCCGCUCAAUCUCUCUUUCAACGCCAUGCAGGUAGUUGCUGCUCUGAGCCACCUCGAAACAAGCCAUCUCAUCAUCAGCGCCGAGUCCAACCUUCCUCGCAAAGAUCCUCGAAGCAAUGUACCUCUUCUUGAGCACCUCAUUCCAGACCUGUCAAACCCGGAAGUGCAGUCUGCUCUUGUUCCCUCGCUGAGGCAGGUCAUCUUUGUGGAUAACUCUUCCGGUCGCGUGGUUUCGUCUGCAUACAAAAGCCUAACACCAUUCUCAUCUAUCAUGUCCCACAUUCCGGCGGAUGGCUGUGCUUUACCAGAGCAAACCCUUUCCCCGGACGAUAUUCUGAACAUCCAAUUUACAUCCGGCACUACAGCUAUGCCAAAAGCUGCGUGUUUAAGUCAUCGAUCUAUUCUGAAUAACGGCUCACAGAUCGGAGACCGUAUGCUCCUCACUCCGAGCGACAUCGUCUGCUGUCCACCGCCACUCUUCCAUUGCUUCGGAAGUAUCUUAGGUUACAUGGCAACAGCAACACACGGCUCAGCCAUAGUCUUCCCAACCGAGUCCUUCAACGCUCGCGCUGCACUCAAAGCAAUCCAAGAAGAGAAAUGUACUGCGCUCUACGGCGUCCCAACAAUGUUCCUUGAGGAACUCAGUCUGAUUGAGUCGGGGGAGGUUCCCAGCGAAGGCUUUGAGCAUUUAAGAACAGGCAUCGCAGCCGGAAGCAGCAUUCCCUCCGAGCUGAUGAAGAAGCUGCAUAGAGUCUUGAAUCUUACUGAACUGACAAUAUGCUAUGGCAUGACGGAGACCAGCCCUGUGUCUCUUAUGACUACUACGGAUGAUCCCAUAGAUCGAAGGAUCAAUACCGUGGGAAGAUUGAUGCCGCAUGUAGAGGCUAAAAUCGUGAAUCCCUCGAACAAGAAAGAGGUCGUUCCAAUAGACACGCGCGGCGAACUAGCAGUCAGCGGGUAUCUCCUUAUGAAGGAGUAUUGGGCAGAUCCAGAGAAGACAGCAGAGGUGAUGAUCGCAGAUGAUAAUGGAAAGGUUUGGAUGCAUACUGGAGAUGAAGCUUCCAUGUCCCCAGAUGGCUAUGUCACCAUCACCGGCCGUAUCAAGGAUUUGAUCAUCCGCGGUGGCGAGAACAUCCACCCCUUAGAAAUUGAAAAUUGCUUGCUAGGGAAUUCUAGCGUUGGCGACGUAUCCAUCGUUGGUGUUCCCGACGAGCGCUAUGGCGAGGUAGUCGCCGCUUUUGUGAUUGCGCGAGAACAUGGCCCGAAAUCCAUCACUGCUAAGGAAAUCCAGGAAUGGGUUCGCGAGAAACUGAGCAGCCAUCUCGUGCCUAAAUAUGUCUUCUUCUUGGGGCCAUUAGAUACAUUCCCUAAGACUGCGAGCGGCAAGAUUCAGAAGUUUAAACUUAAGGAGCAGGUACUCAAGCUGUUGGCCGAAGGGAAAUGA